UCCGCCUAAGUUUCAGUUUCAAUUUCAAUUUGAAUUUGUAGCUUUCAGUCGGCGCCACGCCAAAGAGCACACAAACCGAUUUGCCGGUUCGUUCCGUCUUUUCUACUCUGCGCUCGCUCGACGCUAACCAUUCAAAAUAUCUGCGACGUCGUAUCGUAUGCGUGAUUCACGUUAGCACCAUAGAGGAACCCACACUUCUCGUUCCUCGCGCCAUUCCAUUUUAUUCCAUGGCUUCUCCUACGCAUCGCACGCGCCUCGAUCAGUUUUACGUGUCAAAGAAAAGGAAAGCUGAGGCGCUGGUUCGUAAAGUGGGAAGAUGCGAGAAAGGUGCCAGGCAAGGGGCUGACGCGUCUCCGAGUUCCAAAGGCACUUUGGACGGUUACUUGAUUGCGUCGCAGGAUGGAGAUGGUGACGGUAACAGUGCCACCGCCCCAAAAACCACAGUUAAGAGAAAUUUGGCAUCAGAGAUCGGUACUUCUCUUGCCAAUGGACAUAAUAAGCAUACUGUUUUAUCAGCUCAAGGGUUUGGUGAUUCUGAAACUAGUGGGCCGAGUGAAUUCGGACAGAGUGCCGCGAAAUUGGAGCUCGAACAGUUUGCAGCUGGCUUUUUGUCUCUGUAUUGCAGUGAAUUGCAGCCCAGUGUGGAUUUCCCUUCAGAGAUGAAAGUGGAUGAACACAAGAGUCAUGGUACUGUGGCAGAGGGACAUAGUUGUUUACCACAGAAGAGUAAGUGCACUGCCAGAGAGCCAGGUUUUGGUGUUGAAAAUGUAUCAUUAAAUGUCAAGAUUGACGAAGACGUCAAGUCUGGUGUUGUCGGUAAUAAUACUAUGGGAUAUGUUCCUAUCUCUUGUUCGAAGGUUUCUGGUUGUGGUGACACUGCUGCCUUUGAGACAGGCUUUAGAAAGUGUAGUAAUACACCUAAAAUGUCUAGGAAUAUGGCUGAAUGCUAUACACCGGGGUCUUUGAUUGUUAAAGCUAGGGUUAAGGAGACUCCAAAGUCAGUACACGGAAGCUCAUCAUUUUCACCUGGAGAGGCAUUUUGGAAUGAGGCAAUUUUACUUGCUGACAGUUUGUGUGUUCCCAUGGAUAAUGAUCCUUCUAAGGCUAUGGGGGAAAGUAAUGUGGUGGAAGAUGGACCUGAGAUGAAGAACUCAUGCAAUUUACAAAAUUAUGAUGGCAAGCCAAGGAAAAUAUUAGAUCAAAGUAAAAGCAGAAUCUGGAAUAUGGAAACAGGCACACCUUUCAGGUUAGUGGGGAUGCACACAAAAGAUUCUGUGAAAGAAGCAUCCAGCCUUCCCGUGAAACAUUUUGAUUUUUCGUUUGAGGACAACAGUUUAGAAGAAAAUACCAUGCAAAAUGGUCAUGGUGAUCAGGGCAAUGUUGCUUACAUGGCUUGUAAACAGUAUGAAUCAGGUCGUACCACAAGUCAUACUUAUGAAAAGAAGAAUGAAGUACAAGAGAAGACUUUAGUAAAUAAAUUACGAAACAGAAAUUGUCAUGGUAAUGUUAGUAUGACAUCUAAUCCACCCCACAAUGAGGUUAGGACACCAAUUAAUGCACAAGAAACUGAUGAAGCAAAUACUCCUUCAACUAGUGUAUCGUUUAAUGAUCAUUUUGACCUAAAUAGCUGGCUUCCUGCUGAAAUAUGCAACAUAUAUAGGAAGAAAGGAAUAUCAAACCUUUACAAUUGGCAGGUUGAUUGCCUUCAAGUGGAUGGUGUCGUACAGAGAAGAAAUCUUGUAUAUUGUGCUUCUACAAGUGCUGGUAAAAGUUUUGUUGCUGAGAUUUUAAUGUUGCGGAGGGUGAUAACAACUGGAAAAAUGGCGCUACUUGUUCUUCCAUAUGUAUCAAUUUGUGCAGAAAAGGCAGAACACCUCGAACGUCUCCUAGAGCCACUUGGUAAACAUGUUCGUAGUUAUUAUGGAAACCAAGGUGGUGGAACACUUCCUAAAGAUACUUCUGUAGCUGUCUGCACAAUAGAGAAGGCAAACUCACUAAUUAAUAAAUUAUUGGAAGAGGGUCGUCUGUCAGAAAUGGGAAUUAUAGUGAUUGAUGAACUUCACAUGGUUGGUGAUCCCAGAAGAGGUUAUCUUCUAGAACUUAUGUUGACAAAGCUUCGUUAUGCAGCAGGGGAAGGUAUUCCAAAGUCAAGUGAUGGAGAAAGUUCAGGUGGAAGCAGUGACAAAGCUGAUCCUGCACAGGGUCUGCAAAUUGUGGGAAUGAGUGCAACAAUGCCAAAUGUUGCAGCAGUUGCUGACUGGCUUCAAGCAGCACUAUACCAGACAGAGUUCCGGCCAGUUCCACUGGAAGAAUAUGUAAAAGUUGGAAACUCCAUUUACAGCAAAAAUAUGGAACUUUCUAGAACAAUCUCAAAAGUUGCUGACCUUGGAGGUAAAGAUCCAGAUCAUGUUGUUGAACUAUGUAAUGAGGUUGUUCAAGAGGGACAAUCAGUGUUAAUAUUUUGCUCUAGCCGGAAGGGUUGUGAAUCAACUGCAAGGCACAUUGCAAAGUUCCUUAAAAGAUUUACUGGUGAUGUUAAUGGUUGUGAGUUUGCUGAUAUUGGUUCUGCUAUUAAUGCCUUGAGAAAGUGUCCAGGUGGGUUGGACCCCAUAUUGGAGGAAACUCUUCCUUCUGGUGUUGCAUUUCAUCAUGCUGGCCUUACGGUUGAAGAGAGAGAGAUUGUUGAAACCUGUUAUCGGAAGGGUCUUAUACGUGUUUUAACUGCCACGUCAACCUUAGCAGCUGGGGUAAAUCUGCCAGCUAGGAGAGUGAUUUUCCGCCAACCUAGAAUUGGUUGUGAUUUUCUAGAUGGGACGAGGUACAAACAGAUGGCUGGUCGUGCUGGUCGAACUGGAAUUGAUACAAAAGGAGAAAGUAUACUUAUCUGUAAACCAGAAGAAGUGAAAAAAGUUACAACACUUCUUAAUGAAAGCUGUCCUCCUUUACAUUCUUGUUUGUCAGAAGACAUGAAUGGAAUGACACAUGCAAUCUUAGAAGUAGUGGCUGGAGGAAUUGUUCAAACUGCUAGCGAUAUUAACCGUUAUGUUAGAUGUACUCUUUUGAAUUCUACAAAAUCCUUUCAAGAUGUAGUAAAAUCUGCACAAGAAUCCCUUAGAUGGUUGUGCCAAAGAAAAUUUCUUGAAUGGAAUGAAGAUACUAAACUGUAUAAUACCACACCUCUUGGACGAGCAUCUUUCGGAAGUUCUCUUUGUCCAGAAGAAUCACUUAUUGUGUUAGCUGAUCUCUCAAGGGCAAGGGAAGGAUUUGUCCUUGCAUCUGACUUGCAUUUAGUUUACUUAGUGACACCAAUCAAUGUUGAUGUGGAGCCAGAUUGGGAAUUGUUCUAUGAGCAUUUUGUGAGAUUGUCUCCUCUUGACCAGUCAGUUGGCAAUCGAGUAGGUGUGACGGAACCAUUCUUGAUGCAUAUGGCGCAUGGUGCACCACUACGCGCUUCUAACAAGUCAAAACAUAAUACAAGAUCAUUGCACUGUCAACAAAGAAACCGACCUGGGAUUUCCAAUUCAACAACCAACUAUGAUGAUCAAACACUUCGUAUUUGUAGAAGAUUCUAUGUUGCACUCAUUUUGUCACUUCUAGUUCAGGAAACUCCUGUGGGUGAAGUUUGUGAAGCAUUCAAAGUUGCCAGGGGAAUGGUCCAAUCCUUGCAAGAGAAUGCGGGUAGGUUUGCAUCUAUGGUUGCUGUGUUUUGUGAGAGACUUGGUUGGCAAGAUCUUGAAGGCUUAGUUGCUAAGUUUCAAAAUCGUGUAUCUUUUGGAGUUAGAGCAGAGAUUGUAGAACUUACCACCAUUCCCUACGUGAAAGGUUCCCGAGCCAGAUCACUCUAUAAAGCAGGUUUACGUACACCUCUUGCAAUUGCUGAAGCAUCCAUUCCAGAGAUAGUAAAAGCACUUUUUGAAAGUUCUUCGUGGGCCACAGAAGGUUCUGCCCAAAGGAGGUUUCAAUUUGGGUUAGCAAAAAAGAUAAAGAAUGGUGCACGCAAGAUUGUUCUUGAUAAAGCUGAGGAGGCUAGUAAUGCUGCUUUCUCAGCCUUUAAGUCUCUUGGGUUCAGUGUACCACAGUUUGCUCCUCGCAUGUUAUCUACUGCUACUCAUGAUUCUAUCCGCCAAGAAGCUGGUAGUACCUCCGGAAGUGACACGACUGACACUAGUCAUAAUUUUGUUGAUGCAAAUCACAUGGUUAAUUCUAAUAAAUUUACUUCAGAUAAAGAAAGAGAAGAACUAAUUAAAUUAUCUGUUAGUGGUGCUCUGGCUUCUGUGGAAGGAAAAUCAAGCAACAGGAUGCUAUGUGGCUUGUCCACCUUUCCUGUUGCUGGACCUACAAUGGAUGAGCACAACGGGACUUUUGACCUUGCUAAAAAUCUAGAUAUGUCCAACUUCUCUGCUCCAUUUCUGGAACCAAAGGAUAAAUCUUGUGUACAUGAUGGCUGCCAUGCUCAUUGUACAGAGGAACAGCUUAAGAAUGAAAAUUUGGCUAGUGGUAAUUCUGGUUGUUCAAGUAAGAAAGGUCCCAUUAAUGCAGUUAGUUGUCCAGGUGGGCUUGAUUCAUUUUUGGAUAUAUGGGACACUGUGCCAGAGUUCUACUUUGAUAUCCAUUACAUCAAGUGUUUGGAAUUGCACUCUGCUGCCCCCUUUGAGAUAUGUGGCAUAGCUGUUUGUUGGGAAAACUCUCCUGUGUAUUACGUUAAUCUUCCAAGAGAUAUUCUGUUUUCUGACAAAGCAAAAGAUGACUGUUUAUCCAUGAGUACAUGCAGUGAUAAACAGAAAGUUUCAUCUUCUAAGUGUAACAAAGAUUUAGAGAUUGCUAGACAUAGGUGGAGCAGAAUUAGUAAAAUAAUAGGGAAAAGAAAUGUCAGAAAGUUCACCUGGAAUUCAAAGAUUCAGAUUCAGGUGCUGAAAAGUCCUGCAUUUCCUGUUCAGAGAUUCAGAGGUUUGGACAUACCCGGAACAAGUGUGAACCUUGAAGUUAUAGACAAUUCAUAUGUGUUAUUUCCCCCUAUUCAUGUUCAGGAUGCAAUUGAUCUAUGUAUCGUGGCUUGGAUUCUUUGGCCUGAUGAAGAGAGUAGCUAUACUCCAGACCUUGAUAAGGAGGUGAAGAAGAGGUUAUCCUCUGAGGAAGCUGCAGUUGCCAAUCACAGUGGUAGAUGGAGGAAUCAGAUGAGAAGGGCUGCUCAUGAUGGUUGCUGUCAUCGGGUUGCUCAAACACGGGCAUUAUGUUCUGUUCUUUGGAAAUUACUUGUUUCUGAAAAUCUUGCUGAAGUGCUUAUAGGAAUAGAAAUCCCAUUGGUGAAUGUUCUUGCUGACAUGGAGCUUUGGGGAAUUGGUGUUGAUUUGGAGAGAUGCAUCCAGGCUCGUAAAUUGUUGGUUAACAGACUAAAGCAUCUUGAGAAGGAAGCUUAUAAGCUGGCUGGCAUAACAUUUUCAUUAAAUAUGCCAGCAGAUAUAGCAAAAGUCCUGUAUGAACACUUGAAGCUGCCCAUACCUAAUGUGCAAAAUAAGGGAAAAAAACAUCCGAGUACUGGCAAACACUGUUUGGAUGCAUUGAGGCAUGAACAUCCCAUUGUUCCAGUCAUUAAAGAACAUCGAACAAUGGCAAAGCUGUUGAAUUCUACGCUAGGAUCAAUUUGUUCUCUGGCUAGGCUAUCUAUAAGCACACAAAAGUAUACAAUACAUGGUCAUUGGUGCCAGACAUCUACAGCAACUGGUCGGCUUUCAAUGGAGGAACCUAAUCUUCAGUGUGUUGAGCAUACGGUACAUUUCAAAAUAAAAGAGGAGGAAAAUGAAGGUGAUGCUGACGAGAGUCAUUGUAGUAUUAAUGCUCGUGAUUUCUUUGUUCCCACUCAGGAGAACUGGUUACUGUUAACAGCGGAUUAUUCUCAGAUAGAAUUGAGAUUGAUGGCACACUUCUCUAAAGACUCUUCUCUUGUUGAGCUUCUCAGUAAACCUGAUGGUGAUGUCUUUACAAUGAUGGCAGCAAGAUGGACUGGGCGUUCAGAGGUCUCUGUGGAUUCUCAGGAGCGAGAGCAUACCAAAAGGAUGUUGUAUGGUAUUCUUUAUGGUAUGGGUGUCAAUAGCCUUGCAGAACAACUGGAUUGCACUGCUGAUGAAGCUGCUGAAAAGAUUGCUAAUUUCAAAAGCUCUUUUCCUGGUGUUGCUUCCUGGCUUCGUGAAGCUGUUGCUUCUUGUCGUAGUAAAGGAUAUGUGGAGACUCUAAAGGGAAGAAAACGGUUUUUGUCAAAAAUAAAAUUUGGCAGCAGAAUAGAAAAAUCAAAAGCUCAAAGGCAAGCUGUAAACUCCAUUUGUCAGGGAUCUGCGGCUGACAUAAUUAAGAUUGCAAUGAUAAGAAUUUACUCUGAAAUUGCCAUUGGAUUUGAUAGUCUGGAUUCCAGUUCUUCUGUUACAACCAAGUUUCAGAUGCUUAAAGAUCGUUGUCGGAUUCUGUUACAGGUACACGAUGAAUUAGUGUUGGAAGUUGAUCCUUCUGUGAUAAAAGAAGCAGCCCUAUUAUUGCAGACAAGCAUGGAGAAUGCAGUUUCACUUCUUGUUCCUUUGCGUGUUAAACUUAAGGUUGGAAGAACAUGGGGAUCUUUGGAGCCAUUUACGUCUGAUAAAUAUCAAGGAUGACACACUUGUCGAAGAUUUGGUAUUUCGAGGAAUUCGAUUGCCCUAGGAAACAAUUUUGACGACGAGGCCUACGGUGUAAUCUGGAGUCCUCUGAGUAAAAGGCAAAACGGUAAUGUUUCGUGGAGACUAAUAUCCAUCCACACUCGAAGAGAAUUAACUAGAAGGUAGUAAACAGGUAAUAUGGUGAGAAGAAAAGAUAGGGUGAAACGUGAGUGUAAUAUUUUGAGGUGUCUGUGCUUCCAUGAAUACAAGUAAUGACAAGGCUGUCAUUCUCCAAAUAAUUUUAAGGAUAGGAAUCCAAAUUUUAGGGAUUUUCUAUUUAUUUAAGUAUCUAGAGCUGGGGCUGAGUUUGAGCCGUAAUCAUCUCUUCCCCAUGCAAAUGUAAAGCUAAACUAUUUUACAAAUCUUAAUUCUUUUUUUAAUUUUAAAUAAAAGAAUACACAAGGUGGACAGUCCAA